CACCAAACGAACUCAACUUCCUCUUUAAAGAAGCAUUUUUCAGUUAUCAACAGGAUAUGUGCGUGCCAACCAGAGUUAGGCUUUUCUACUCCUAGCUUCUUGCAAAGAAACAAGAGUGCCUAUAUGGGCUGAGCGUCAGGGAUCAUAAAUACACGGCUUACCUUGAUGAAUAUACUGAAAUAUUCAAAAUGGGUAGCAACAGUACCAACUAUGCUGAGACUAACUGCAAUGUCACAAAUUUGACAUUUCAGUAUUCCCUCUAUGCAACCACCUAUAUCCUGAUAUUCAUCCCUGGUCUUCUGGCCAACAGUGCAGCCUUGUGGGUCCUGUGCCGUUUCAUCAGCAAGAAAAAUAAAGCCAUCAUUUUUAUGAUCAACCUCUCUGUGGCUGACCUGGCUCACGUACUGUCCUUACCCCUCCGGAUUUACUAUUACAUCAACCGUCACUGGCCUUUCCAGAGGGCCCUUUGUCUGUUGUGCUUCUACCUGAAGUAUCUCAACAUGUAUGCCAGCAUUUGUUUCCUGGUGUGCAUCAGCCUGCAGAGGUGCUUCUUUCUCCACAAACCAUUCAGGGCCAGAAACUGGAAGCGUAGGUAUGACGUGGGCAUCAGUGCUGCCAUCUGGGUCAUCGUGGGAACUGCCUGUUUGCCAUUUCCCAUCCUGAGGAGCACGAACUUAGGCAACAACACGGAAUCCUGCUUUGCAGAUCUUGGUUACAAGCAAAUGAAUGCUGUGGCUUUGGUUGCAAUGAUUAUAAUUGCUGAACUUGCUGGAUUUGUGAUCCCAGUGAUCAUCAUCGCAUAUUGCACCUGGAAAACUACUAUAUCCUUGAGACAGCCACCCAUGGCUUUCCAAGGGAUCAAUGAGAGGCAAAAAGCUUUGCGGAUGGUUUUCAUGUGUGCAGCAGUCUUCUUCAUCUGCUUCACUCCCUAUCACAUUAACUUUAUUUUUUACACCAUGGUAAAGGAAACUAUCAUUGGCAGUUGCCUCAUUGUCCAAAGUACACUGUACUUCCAUCCUUUUUGUCUAUGCCUUGCAAGUCUCUGCUGCCUUUUGGACCCAAUUCUCUAUUACUUCAUGGCUUCAGAGUUUCGCGACCAACUGUCUCGCCAUGGCAGCUCUGUGACCCGUUCCCGACUCAUGAGCAGGGAGAGUGGUUCAUCAAUGAUUAGCUAAAAAUAAAAUAAGUUUAAUUAUAGCUGUUUGGCUAUGUUCUUGGGCUUUUUCUAAAGGCCAGAAUUAUCGUCCAGACAAUUUGUUUAAUUGAACUUUGGAAACAAGAAAAUUAAGUGUUUUAUUGUGUGAUAGUUGUGGUCACAGGGAUGUGAUAGCAGAGGCAGUGUGGAAAAUGUGCAAGAAGGGAAAACAGGAUUUGUCUUUCUGAACUUAAAAAUUCAAGGUACUUUAUCUGUUAAGAUACCUAGAUUGGGUUUUUAUAGAUGUUUGUAACAAAGCAGAAACUGGACACUUUGGCUUAAAAUUUUUUUUUAGUAAACUGGAUAUUGUUAAUAAGAUAUAGAAUUUUUUCUCAAAUUUUAAAACAAUCUCUUUUAUAAGAAGAGUUUUAUUUCUGAAUGAGAGACUUUCCAAGAUAUAAAAUCACAGAAAGGCAUGAGGAAUUGAAGCAAUGUAUGUUUCAGGAUGACAAAAUUGUUACUGAAGGAAGGGUAUGGAAAAUCAUUCAUUCACUGAAAAUUUAGUGGAUGUCUGUUUUAUUCUGGACUGGCCAUUUCUUAGAUUUUUCCAUAUAUAAUAUCUCAUCUGAUCCCUCUAAUACAAAUGGUCUCAUUCAUACAAAUGAAUAAAUGGAAUCUCAGACAGAUUAAACAACCUGCCUCUGAUUAAAAGUGGUGAGCCAAAAUUUGUUGAGUAUAUGUCAUGUAUGCUUAAGUUAUUCUAUAUUGAUUUCAAUGAUGAAGACAUACACUAAAGUUAAGCCAAUGAGAUCAAGUUCAUUUCAAUAUGAUUUUCCUGGGAUUAUCUAAAAAAAAAUCUAUGGGUUAUGGGGGUGGCAUGUCAUACUUCAGGCUGCAUGGUCUCCAGUGAUAGAUAAGUUGUCCUAAUACUAUGACAAUCUAUUGAAUUCUCAUAAUAGGGGUCCAGAAGAUCCAAAUAGUUCAUUAUUUUCCAAAACAUAUAUAUUAAAGCUUAAUGCAGGUUACACAAUCUCCAUAAAUUGAUGAAAGAAAGUUUUGAAACUGAGCAAUGAACUUUCUGUAAAAUUCAGUUUUUAAAAAUAUACCUAACUGCUUUUUUUUUAACAUUACACAUUACUCUGAGCAAAUAUCUGUUUGACUUUUAGGAAGCUUUUCUGUAAGCAGGACUGACAGAAUUGCAUAGAAAACAAAAUAUCAUCAUAUUGUGAAUGAAUAUGAGAAAAUAUGUAUCUUCUUUCUGGCAAUCUUCUUAUCUUAAUUUUCUCAAAGGUUAUGGAUAAUGUUUGAGCAUCAUUAUGAGGGAUUUGAAUACAAACAAUCCCUUAGCUUCUCAAGUUGGCAUUUGUGAAACAAUCUGUCAUUCUCAUCUUUUAUGUCUGAAAUUUAAAUAGUAUAGACAUUUGUGUGGAGCGAGGAAAAGGAAAGCAAUAGUCCUAAAAAUAUUCGUUUAAACUGAUUGGCUCUAGCAGAAGAAGAAGGGACAACUGAAAGGAGGAAUUUUUUAAAGAACAAGGUUUCUGAGGAGAGAGAGGAUUCUGUCAUUAUAAAUUAAUAAAACUUUUUUCA